CAUAAAUAUAAAUACAUGAUCUUUCUCAGAAGGCUGUGACAUAUUAACAUUACAACCAACUGAAUCUAUACACAACACUGCUGCAGAGAUAGUGAACACAUUCAAACAGCACGCCCGACUGAGCCUAUGCUUAUCUCACCACUGCGAGUCGAGUUUACAGACCAAUAUUGACGCAAACAGCACUCUUGUGUCAGCCUACGUAGAUGUCUACGGUUGUACAAGUAGUAGUCAAUCAGUAUACAACAUAGUUGUACGAUGUUUUCUGGUGACCGAGUGCGCAGGCGUAUGCCGAGUGAGGACGCCCUCAAUCUGGAAGAAAGUUCGUCAUUCAUUGUCGAAGACGAUGACGACAAGUACGCACCCAAACCCCACGGCACAGGAUUGCCGCCUCUGGACCAUGGCCGGAUUAGGGCUAGCAGCGAAAUGCCACAGAACCUAUACGGUGAGCAUACCUACCCCCAACAACACCACAUGUAUACCAAUACAGGCAUGGGAAAUAGUAUGGAUAUGGGGACCUUGGGUAAUAUGAGUUCCCGAGAAAGUAUGUCGCACAAUAGCAGUAUGUACAACAGUAAUCCAGGACCGUAUGCGCCAGCACCCGGAACUCCAUUCGAUAUGGCCUACUCUCACCUGACCGAUGCAAAAGAUGCCAUUCCCGACUACAGGGCAAAGACACACAAGUUGGCACUGGUAUUCAUGAGUCUGAUGGCUUUGCUGACACGGCUGUUCCGGUUAGGCGCACCCCCCAAUGUGGUGUGGGACGAAGUACACUUCGGGAAGUUUGCAUCCUACUACCUACGCAGGUCCUUCUUCUUCGAUGUGCAUCCACCCUUAGGCAAGAUGCUAUAUGCUCUGGUUGGGUAUAUGGCAGGCUAUGAUGGCUCAUACGACUUCGCUAAGAUCAGUACUCCGUACAAAGGCAUCGAACCACCGGUGCCGUACUUUGCGCUGCGACUGGCACCAGCGCUGUGUGGCACACUCCAGGUGCCCAUCACCUAUCUGACUGUGAUAGAGUUGGGAGGGUCCAAUGUGGCGGCGGUGGUUGCCAGUGCUCUGCUGCUGUUUGACAAUGGCCACAUUACACAGUCUCGCUUUAUUCUGCUGGAUGGUUGGCUCAUUACCUUUAUUCUAAUGGCCUUCUACUUCUACUGCUGCUUUCGCACACAGAACAGGCUGUACCCCUUCUCCGUGAAGUGGUGGGUGUAUCUGUGUCUGUCUGGCACCUUCCUUGCCCUGGCCGCUUCUGUGAAGCUGGUGGGAGUGUUCGUCAUCGCUGUCGUGGGUGUACACACGGCCUUAGAGCUGUGGCGUGUGUGGAAAGACACGCGUAACGCCAUCUGGCCCACCUUUGCGGCCCAUCUGGGGUCGCGUGUGGCGUGUCUGAUUGUGCUGCCUGUGUGCAUUGUGCUGUGUGUGUUCCAGGCACAUUUUGCUGUGCUCAUCCACUCAGGGCCGGGCGAUUCGCAUAUGAGCCGACAGUUUCAGUCCCAGCUCAUUGGCAGUCCCCAUGCCCAGCAGGUUGAGCCGAUGCCCCAAGAUAUAGCCUUCGGGUCUAUCAUCACCUUCACACCACAACAGUUUAAACCCGACUGUUGGAUACACUCCCACGAACAUCGGUGGCCUAAGGUGUACUUUGAGGGCACCAAGAAGCGUCGUGUGGGCAGCGCCCAGCAACAGGUCACAUGCUACCCACACCAGGACCACAACAAUCAAUGGAUGGUGCUGGAGCCGGAUCGCUACACUAAAUAUCACCAUAAUGUCAUGAACCUCACCAUGGACAUUGACGGUGGAGAGGAGCCCCACGCAGUAACUAAGUUUGUGCGUCACGGAGACAAUAUCAAGCUAUACCAUGUGUCCACCCAAACAUUCCUGCACACACACGAUGUCGCCAGUUACGGCUUUCCAUCAAAGCAAGAAGUCAGCACCUGGAAUGGGUCAGAAACGGUGGCUCCUAUGACCGACUUCACAAUUCAAUUCACCGAAGCCGGCGGAGAAGCGGGCAAGCGAUGGCACCCAUUCCGCACACGAUUUAGGCUCGUACAUGUGGCCACCCAGACCACGUUGGAGAUGAGCGGCGAGCGGCUGCCAGACUUUGCAUUUGGACAGUAUGAGAUCAUCUCCAGCAAGCACACAACUACCAAGGAUGUUUUCUACGUCGACACGCACAAGAACGGUACGGGUAAACGGACACCAUUCGCUAUCACAACCACAUAUAUUAUAGGUUUAGGGUGA